AUGAAUGACAACAAUAAUAGAAUUUCAGAGGAGGAGAGGAAGUUGUUAGAUAGUUUAAAUAGUCAUAGUAGUAAUAGUAAUAAUGAUUAUCAUCCAACUUCAUCAUCACCAAAGAGAAUAGUUAGAAUGACUACAACAAAUAAUAAUAAUAAUAAUAAUAGACAAAUAGAUAAUUCAGAUGAUUCAUUUGCAUUGGAUGGUGAAGGAGGAGAGGGAGCACCUUCUUCGUCAUCAUCAAUAGAAGAUCCAAUUGAAAAGGAAUUGAGACGAAAGAUGAUGUCAAUGUUGACUAGUAGUAACUCUCAGGGUGUUUCAAAUGACUUGUCAAAGAGAUCGGGCGGACUGCCCAUCAAUGCCAAAAAGUCAACAUCUCCCAACAAUCAACUUACAUCUUCCCUCUCGGGAACUGCAUCAUUGACAAGUUCAAGUGGAGGUUUAAAAGUAAACCAUCAUGGUCAACAACAGACAUAUGAUGAUUAUUCAUCAUCGUCAUCAUCCAAUUUAGAUGAAUUAUAUGUUACAUGUGAAAGAGAAAGAAUCAAAUCAUAUGCAAACGAUUGUAAAUGGGAGUUGGUUAGCGACAACAGGAUAUUGAGGGAAUAUAGAAUGUAUGCAGUUGAAGAAUGGAUAUUCAAAUCAAAUCAUUUAUGGUCUGCCGUAGAGUUUACUGGUAAUCCUCGUGACGAAAUUAUAGUUGCAGUAUUUAAACCUUCUUCUAGAGAGUCUGCUUCUUCCUCUCAAUCAAACAAUCAAAUUGGUGAUAUAGGAGGAGGAGGAAGUAAUACAAGAUCAUUAUCAACACUCUUUUCAAAACCACCAGCUGGAUGUUACCCGACAAAAACAAAGCUUGGACAACUGAUCGUUGUAAACUCACAGAUGAUCAGUAGUGGUGGUAGUGGAACGAGUCUGUCGAGCUCUGGUACUGGAUUGGGUCUCAAUUUCAUUGCACUUCGGUCGAAUCAGUUGGGCAAUGAUUUCGACAGAUACAUCUCGUCGCUCAAGAUCAACCUCCAACUCAAACGACUGGGGUGUAUGCGAUCCAAGUAUCUCUUGUCGUAUCUACCAUUUGACAGUGAUGCACGUACGACGUUUGAACAGUUGUCGGGCGCCUCGUCGACCAAUCUCAGCAACAUCACUUUGUUUGUCAAGGAACUGCAAGCUGCACUGUCUCAUCUCAACUAUCUCCCCUUGUUGACACGUAUCGAUGGCCAGUACGACCAAAAGACAAUCAACGCAGUCAAAGCAUUCCAAAUUGACAAUAACCGAAAGAAUGGCAUCUCCAACUCGAAAGAGGUCGAGGGAUACAUUGACCAAUUCACAUUCAAAGGCAUCGCCGAAGACAUUAACAAUCUCAAAAGAAAACUAGAGUCACUUGGAUACAAACCACCCAAUCAUCCCAUCAAAGACUACAUGUCAUUCAACGAACUAAUGAAAAACUUUCAACAAAAGAAUAGAAUCUAUCCAGAUGCACCUGGAAAAAAUAUUCUAAGUUAUUUGGAUCAUAUAAAAGAUAAAGAGAAUAACCAUCAUCAUCAUCAUAAUAGAGCGUAUUCACUUGGUGCACAACAUCAAGAUGAUAAUAAUAAUAAUAAUAACAAUAUACCAGAUAUACAACCACUAGAUUUAACUAAUAAUAAUAAUAAUAAUAAUAAUUAUGAAAACAACUUUGUAAAUAGAAACCAACAACAACAACAACAACAACAACAACAAAAUAUGAAUGAAGAUCUUGAUCAAGAUGAUAUUAAAUUUAAUAAUUUUGAUCAAGAUGAUAAUAAUAACCGCGGCGGUCGAUCCAACAACAACAACAACAACAACAACAUGGAUAGUGAUGAUGAAGAUGAUGAAUAUGAAUAUGGAGAUGCAGAGUCUGAUACAAGUAAGAGUGAAAAGAGUUAUAUGGAUAGUCAUAGCAGCGGAGGCUAUUACGAAUCGGAAGGGUCUGGAAAUGAUAUACUCCCCUCUUCACCGUUAUUUGCUCGAAACAAGUUUAUUCAUGGUAUUACUCAAGCUGGUGGAUCAGCACCUGUCUCUCAAAUAUCAUCACCAUCCUUACAACAUGCAAUAUCAUCUACUGCUUCAGCAAGUCCUUCAUCCUCUUCUCCAUUGAUUCAAUCCAUUCAAAAUAGAAAUCUAAAAUUGCAACAUAGUCAACAAAAUGUAAAUAAUCAAAAUAAUCAAAAUAAUAUGUCAUCUCAACAACCCGCGCCUAUAGUUGGACCAAAUGCAAUGUUACACCUUUCAACAGAUGAUGAAGAAUAUUCAGAUGAUGUAGCUGGUAACCAUGGUCGUGACAGUGAAGAUGUAAACAAACUGGAAACACCAACCGAAGCAGAAGAGAAACAAAAGUUAUUUGAAAAGAUUAAAGAAUUGGAAACACUGGUAGAACAACAACAAAAGGAUUAUACUAUUUUGAAACAAGAGUUUGAGGAAAUGUCUGAUAAUUUCCAAUUACUCCGUGAUCGAUCCGCCAAAGCUUUGGCAUUAUUCUCAACCAAUGAAAAAGUAUUGGAAGCUACAAAUGGAAAAAUUGGACAAAUCUACAAGGAAUUACCAAUCAUUGAAGAAAAGGUUAACAUUAAUGUUGAUACUUUACAAUCUUAUUCAAAUAGAAUUAAAAGAUUAGAUGAUAUAGUAUUAUCAGUACAAAGAAAGAAUGAAAGAAAUAUUUUAAUUUCUUUUCUACUAAGUAUUAUAUCAUUGUUUGCAGUUGCAUUUGCCUAUUUAAUCAUGUUUGUUCACAAGUUAAAGAGAAAAAUGGUACCAUCUGACAAACCUCCUUCAAGCAAUGAAGAUAUCAAACGUUUCAUUUCUAAACAAAAGUUAAAAAUUACAGAAUUAAUUGAUGAUUUGGAUGAUAGUAGUAAUCAAAAUAAUAAUAAUCAAUCUUCUUCAAAUAGUCAUACAAAAUCAGAAUAG